AUGCGAUCGUCUCCUGCUCCUUUAAAGCCGUCGGUGACAUUUUACGACAUUAAGGUGGCCUGGUUGUCGUGCUGUGAUGUUCUCCGACACCCGCCGCCCUCGUCGCCGCUAGCGCUGCCUCCUGCAGGACGCCGGACAUGGAGCUCCAACAAAAACACUCUAACCCUUUCUUUUCCUUUCCUUUCCUUUCCUACAGAUUGUCUUGGCCACCGCUUCACAUGGCUCCACUCGGUCUUCGAUAAUUUCCCAGCGCUGCUGAAUUUCGCGCUGAGGCUUCGUUGCUCCACAGGGCAUUGUCCACGAGACUUUGACGAUUACGGCUGCUCCUGCAGAUACGCGGCGUCCGGAAACCCCGCCGAUUCUCUGGACGCGUGCUGUCACAACCACAGGCUGUGUUACCUGAACGCUGCCCCCUGCAGGCAGGAAGUACCACCGCUACCAAACAACUUCACCUGCUCAGCAUCAAACAGCAGUUGUGUAGAUGCAGUCGACUGGUGUCAGCAGACAUUCUGUGGAUGCGACCACGCCGCCAUCCAAUGCAUCAGUCACAGCUUCUACAACUCGACUUUGAGAGGCCUCGCCGACGUGUCCUGCUCUGAAACCAACACCACAGGUCCAGAUGUGCUCGGCGGACUGCUGGACAUCAACCAAACCUUCGGAGCAGCAGAUGUUUUCUCAGCAGGAAACAACUCAGAGAUCUUCCACCUCUUCAACUCCUCCCUCCUGUCUGCAGCAGAGAUGGAGCCCAUAAUGAGCAGCAGGUCAGACAAUCAGAGUCUCAUUGAAGGAGUGGAUGGAGACCCUGGUGCCCCGGGCACGCCCACACCCACCGAGGAGUUGGAGGAUGCUGAAGAAGAAGAGCCGCCGCCGCUGGGCUUCAUGUCCAAAGACUUGAACGAGACGGCGACAGAAGAGGAGCUGGAGCCAGAAGAGAUAAAUAAAGAGGUGACGGCCCACGCUCCAUCAGCCAACAGUUGGGAAUCAGUUUUGGAUUUUUAUGAUGGAGAAGCCGAGUCUGAACCGUCGUCGUCGUUGAAGCCUGCAGUUGAAAACACGCUGACAUUAAUGCCACCGUCCACCGCCAGCCCGUCUGCUCUGACCACAGCUCGUCUGAGGACUACAACUCCCAGAGAACCAAGGCCAGCCGGUGCAGAGGAGUCGUCAGAGGCAGGUUCAUUGAAUAUUGCAAUGAUGAGUCCAGCUGGAGGAAUGUCCACCGUGUCCACCACAACGCCUGUAGAGUCCAAAGAAACAGAAGAAGAUAACGAUGAAGACGGAGAGCAGGACGUGUCACAUGAGCGUUGUGAGUUGAACCAAUCAAAUCGCAGGACGUCAACAGGUGCAGACCUCUGUGACGGUAGUCGCACGAGUUCUGCAAUUGUCCAACGACGUCUCAUCUACACAAGUGCACGUGCCACAGAGUUCCCAUCAUCCUCCUCUGUCUCUGACGCCAACACUAACACUAUGUGUCUGUUCUGUCCAGUGAGCCGAGGUCAAACGUCACCAACAGCCUGGACCAUGAACAGCAUCUGGACCAUCAAAGCCACAACACAGACAGAGAGGACGGAGACGAUGGCCCACGUGGACUCAAAGGACCAGCAUCGAGGACCGGAUCAGUCUGUAACACCAGCAACACAAGAAGACGACGACGAAGAAGAAGAUGAGGAGGAGGAAGAGGAAGCAGCUCCAUGUGAGGACGAAGAGGAAAACAGCUCACAGCAGAAAGACACGGACGACUGCCCCCUGCUGGUCACAGUCUGGGUUCAUAAUAGCACCUUUAAAGCAUCCUGGUUUUCUGCCUUAGACCUGGAUGUGGUUCAGAAGAGGACAGUCCCGUUCUUCGCCUGGUCUCUGUUGGAGUCGGUGGGUUUGACUGAAAUCCAGCUGCAGGACAGUAAAGAAUGCAGCCGUUCGUUCUCGCUGUACGGUGCCGACGGCGGCGUCCUCCGGGAGAUGCCGGCGCUGGGGGAGAUGUUACACUGUGUGACGGGUCGAUGUCCUCACGAGUACGAGAUGUACGGCUGUUACUGCGGACGAGAAGGAGGAGGACCACCGCAGGACCAGAUGGACAGGUGCUGCUUCUUCCAUCAGUGUUGUCUGAAACAGAUCGUGUCGAUGGGCUGCAGACCCGACAGGAAACUGAACGCUCAGAUCAGCUGUGACAACGGGAAACCUCGAUGUCAGGGCGUCUCCGUCUGCGAUAAACUCCAGUGCGUCUGCGAUAAAACCACGGCCGAGUGCAUGUCCAACGCCCGCUUCAACCACAGCCUCCCCCCGGCCCGCUGCACGGGCCCCGCCCCUCUCUGCCGCCACCGCCCUGCCCCGCCGCACAAACCACGGCUUUACCCCCAGUCCAGCGAGGAGAGCCAGCAGCGAGGGGGCGGGGCCGAGCCGGAGGAAGCGGCGACCACGGCUCUGCUCGGACCGGACCCAGACCACAGCAAUGAAAGCUCUGACCUAAAGGAGGAGACGCCGCAUCGUCCAGGAGCCUCACCUCCUCUUCGUCCUCCUCCGUCCUCCAGCGACGAGAGCAGAGAGUCGAUGACAAAUGGUGGGAUUCAAACCCACAACCAGAGACCGGGAGGAAGACCAGGACCCAGACAGGAAGAAGAGGAGGAGGAGGAGGAAGAGGAGGAGGAAGAGGAGCUAGAGGAGGAAGAAGAGGAGGAGGAGGGGGUAGAAGAAGAGGGAAACUAG